AGGGGUCAAUCCAGGAACUCACAUCUUGUUUUUACCACAGACUUUUCUUAUUGCCUGUUACGCGUGGAGUAUAUAUUUUGAGGCGUCUUUCAGCUAAGAUUUGGUCAUUAGGAAAAGCUUAAUGUGCGUCAUGGAGUCGGCUUGUGCGAAGUAAACUUACUCUGCGAUCUUCAAUUUACAUUUUAAGCAGCUGACAGCGUCUCCAAGGGUACAUAUCACAGACGGGCUCUUCUCGUUGAGGGUAAAAUAAUACGGUUAUAAUUAAAACAGACCACAGCUCUCGACAGUGAAAAUUGGUACAUAUUACAUUAUCAGACUGACCUUCAAGUCGUUAUGACUUUUAUGUCACCAGUAUUGUCUACAUUAACACCCUCGUUUUUGCUUGAUGUGGAGUUGCGUUAACCGAACUGCAUCAUUAUGGAUGCGCUUCAACCCAGAUCCAAUAUUAAAAAUGGAAGAUCAAGCGGCUCUUAAAACAUACAGGAGGGAAAUAACAAUAACUUGAGACUUGUACUUUCUCAUACCAAGCCGUUCUUCGUCUUGGGUUGCGAGCGAAACAAGAAUUUAUUUGACGAGUAAUGUCAGGAAACGAUAAAUCAGACGAAGAUGCUAUCGAGAAAAUUUCAAGCAACCUGGACGUUUCUGAUGAGUGUAAAGUUGACAGAAAAACAGAGCCUCGUUAUGAUAACGAGAUUGAAAAUAUUGAAGAGACAAGUAACGAUAUUUUUAAGGAUUUUCAACCCUUUGCUUUCUUUGUUCUUCAUCGCCAGCAGCUUCCUCGACGUUGGUUCAUUCGUGUCGUAACGUGGCCAUAUCCUUUUUAACAAGAAUAUAUGUUUUUUUUUUGGUAAAAAAUCUGCUUAGUUUAAGGUCCUUUUUCAUGCAACAUAACAACCAGCUGUUUGCAGUUCAUUUAAAGGAAAUUUAAAGGCAUUUAACAGGAUUUUCUUGUUUCUUACCGCUGUUAUCGUUUAUUUGUUCUUUAAGUCUAAUUCUUGCGCAAACUUAUAUUUAACGUUGAUUGAAAUUCUAAUAUUGCACUCUUGUGUGUUUAGUGAGAUAAAACAGCGGUAGCCUGUUAAUCUUUUGAUAAGUAUGAAAAAUCUUUCUUCUAUCCCCUAAUCCUUUUGCCCAAGUAAAAAUAUGUACCUUUAGCGUUAACCAAUCUCCCCUCACUUCUCUGCCAUUUCUUCUCAAACUGUACAAUUUUCAUUGCAAGAUGCAAAAUAUUAGUGUUUUAAUUACUUUAGCUUUCGACUGAAUUAAAAUCAAUAUGAAAGAACAAAAGCCUUUUAGCACUUGGAACUCAGUGAAGUCACUUGGCAACAAGUUUCACAUGCGGUCCUCGUUGACUGACUUUACAUUCUUUUAUAAACCAAUAUUUUAAGCCACGGUAUUUCAGUAAAAUAGCGAUUACUUUAAGUUGUUUUAAUUGCAUUUUCGUAAAAGGAAAGCAGAAACGAGAAAGACAUGUUGAACGUCGAGUUCUCAUCAAAGACAGUUUAAUUUAGGUUGUAUUGCCAUUUAGAAUUAAAGUUCAUCGUAAAUCUCAUUGAUUUUGACGUCUCAUGAUCGAUUUAAAAAAUUGAUCAAUUUUCCGAUAAUUUCAUAUCUUUACGGUUACUAGCUUGAAGCCAUCAAUUUAAAAACACAACGCGACCAUUUCCGAAGUAACGAAUAUCGGUCUAAACUAGACAGGCAAAACUUUCAUUUCGCUUUGAAUGAUAUUCACCAUAUGAAACUGUUCUACCAUAAUUGUUAUGUAUUAUAUUAAAUAAUGUGAAAAUUUAAAAAGUAAAAGCGAGACAAACGUCGAAAAAAAAUUGGUAAAGGAAAUGAUUUUCCGAAGUUUAUUAUAGCUGGAAAUUUCAUCUUGACUGUUUUUUUUUUUAAUAUUUAGAUUCAGUCUGGAUUUUAUAGAAUAUUUCGAAUCAAUCUUUAAUUAAGCUGAAUUGAUGCUAUUGACUGACUUAUUGUAUUGAAGAUCAAAGGAGAAAACUUAAAAACGAGAACUGAGCUAACAUGCCUGUAGUGUGGCAGAUGGAGCGAUCAAUACUUUUUGUUAUACCACUACAUUAGAAAUUUCUGCAAUUUGAUUGGCUCAGAGCAGUGGUAUUUCAGCUUAAUUUGAAAUACCUUCAUGUGAAAAUUACAAACCUUUUGUGGGUAGUAGUAUAAACAAAUAAUAGUAUGAUUUGUCCGUGAUAUUUGGCAUAAAUACCACUCGUGAUAUUUCAAAAUUGUCUCAAAUUUCACUCGCCUAGCGGCUCGAGAAAUUACGUAUAACAAUUUCGAAAUAUAACUCGUGGUAUUUAUGCCAAAUAUCACUACAAAUCAUGCUAUUACCUAUACAAAUCAUGGCUAGGAUGACCAUGGCCAAACGUUUAUUAUCAUUAUUAUUAUUUUAUUAUUUAAAAGGUGAAAGCGAGAAAACCGUCGAAAAAUAAUUAUAAAGGAAAUGAUUUUCCGAAAUUCAUUAUAGCUGGAAAUUUCAUCUUGACUGUGUUACUUUUAAUAUUAGAUUCAAUCUGUAUUUCAUAGAAUAUUUCGAAUCAAUCUUUAAUUAAGCUAAAUUGACGCUAUUGACCUAUUAUUAUUAUUAUUAUUGAUACUAUUACAGGGCAAAAUAGAUUCACUCAAAACAUAAAAAAAAACACCUCGUAAUUUUCCUUCACUUUGUGCACGUAUUUUGAACGUAUCAGCAUAUUUGUAAUUCUCGUUAACUGCGUGACGCUUGGGCUGUACGACCCAUCUGACAAAGAUUGCAAAACGCAAAGAUGUCAAAUACUGGAAUCCAUGGAGAAAGCUAUUUACGCGUUCUUUUUAGCUGAGAUGUUGUGCAAAUGGAUGGCUAUGGGACUCUUUGGAAAGAAUGCAUAUUUUGCUGAUUCCUGGAAUCGUUUGGAUUGCUUUAUAGUUGCUGCGGGGUGAGAGCUAGAUGCUUCUAUUUUAACUCACUUAAUAAAGGGCCGGGCUUUCAAUAAUUCACUACUUUUUUCUUUCCUAGGACGUUCGAACUACUGUAUAACAAAGGAGAAUAUUUUAGCGCUGUCCGUGCCAUCCGAGUGCUUAGGCCUCUUCGCGCUAUUAACAGAGUUCCGAGUAAGUGAACAUAUCUUUACAUAGACGAGUUUUUUUUAAGUUUAAAAAAAAACAACAACAAAACAAAACAGAACAAUGUACAGUUAGUUUAGGCCUCGUCCACGCGUAUCCCGGGGGUUAUUUUAUGAAAAACGGAGAUGUUUUGCUCCGUUUUAAACUAAGGACGCAUCCACACGUAGCGUAUUCAAAUAGAUUUUUCCCCGUCCAGACGAAUAAGGUUAAAAUGAUGCAUGCGUGCGCUGUAUGAUGUAUGACGUAAUUGUAUACCAAAACCUCCGUUUUUGUUCGUCCACGCGAAAACGACUAUCCGGCGCUUUCGAAUAUUCCAACUGCCUCUUUUCAAAAACGCUGGCUUCCGAAUACGAUGAUGUCGUACAUAUAUACUUACUAACAUUUCACAUGCUCUCUACGGUUUUUAUGUGAAAGGGCGAAAACGAUUCAAAUACGCUACGUGUAGACGCGUAUUUUUUUAUGGUUACUGCACUAGAGAAUGGUCUGCUCAUGCGUAGAACAGAAAAUUUUCUUUGCUGACGAAUAUGAGGCUCAUGUGCAGUCUGUCAGUCCCAGCUUUCCAAUAACAAUAUAAAAUGUAAUAAAACAACCGUAAACAAAAAAAUACAAUAAAACAAGAAGUCGAAUGAUGAAACAACGGUUGGCAAUAUGUCGUGGUUAUUUAGUGUCUCAUGGAUAACUUAUUUAACUCAACGUUUGGCAUUAUUUUUUUAUUAAUUAUUAUUGACCUCUUUCUUACUGACAAAUUGUGAUAUUUUGCUCAACCUUGUCCUCACCAAUAAUUGCUUUUACUUUGCAGGUAUUCGUAUUCUUGUGACGCUGUUACUUGAUACAUUACCCAUGUUAUGGAACGUGCUUGCUAUUUGCUUCUUCAUCUUUGCUAUUUUUGGUAUCGUUGCUGUUCAGUUAUGGCAAGGAGUGCUUAGAGGAAGGUGCUUUCCUCCUCAAAGUGUCUCAGACGGGUGCGUGGGUAAUUAGUUGAACGAUUAACUGCUACUAUAGUACCUACUGAUGACUCUGGUGGUUAAUACAGUUAUCCAUUUGCAGAGGCAUCAACUGUUUAUAGUCUGUCGCCUUAAGAAACAUGACAAACCGGAGUAAUCGAGAAGAAGUUUGAAAGAAAGUGAAUUGACUGCAUGUUCCUCAUUUUUCUGGGACAAUUCUGUAUCAUCCUGGUUCUAAUUUAAAAUGCCUUCAUCCUCUUUCAGAUGCGACCCUACAAACUAUACUUACACCAAAUUCUAUGUGCCAUCAUUUGACGAUCCCGACUUUGUUUGUACACAAUCAACUAAUAACGGAAUGCAGCCUUGUAGCAAUAUUCCUGUGUUAAAAGAUGAUACAUCUGGCAGAAGCUGUACGCUAAGCUGUGACCAAAAGGGAAUGUCUAAUUACUCCAACAACUGCGUCAAUUGGAAUGGGUAUUACAAUCAGUGCAGACUGGAAGGCGACAAUCCUUUUUGGGGAGCCAUCGGGUUCGACAACAUCUUCCUUGCUUGGGUCGCUAUUUUCCAGGUUAGUACAAAAAUAGCUGGACUCAAACGUAACCCCCCAAAAAAUAUAUAGAGGGUAUUACACGGUGGCGCGAAGAUAUGAAUUUUAUUUUCGAGUGGCAAAGCAAUGUUUUACGAAAGAGCGCAGCGAGUGAGUAAAAUAUUGUUUUUGCCACGAGAAAAUAAAAUUCAUAUCUUCAAUCCGCCGUUUAAUGUUCUUUUUAUUAUAUAGACAAAAAGACAUUGAUAAAAUAAUAGAUUAGUAAUUGUGAUGACUCAAAUUUACAGUAGGGCAAUAUAAGACGUUGUUUGCAAUAAUCUUGAGAAAUAAUACUGAACGAAAUAGGGCUCUACAAUGACAAAAUAUAAGCAAGACUUUGAAAAAUGCGUAAGUAAAAUUCAAAAGACGCCAGACGCCUAUAAAUUUCGAAGGGAAAUUACCGAAAUUACGUCAUCGAUAAACUCACGUGUGACAUUAUGGAAAAUAAACCACUCGGGUCCCGGAUGUAGUUUUUAUGAAUUUUACGAGUGGUAUAUUUACUCAGUUUUACUCCCUCAAAAUAAAUUUUAUAUAUAUCAUAUAUAUAUAUAUAUAAUUUAUUUUGAGGGAGUAAAACAGAGUACUGUAUUUUCUCGAACUUUUCACGCUUCAAGCGCGGCGCUUAUCUGAGGGAGCGUUUAUUUGAAAAUUGGACGCGAUAAAGAAUUGUAUUAACUACGGCAUUAUUAUUUCCAUAUUAAACUAACGGAAUUAACGUCUUUUGAUUUUGAUUGUAUCAGGGCUGCGGCGAUUACUGGCGGGAGUGGGAAGGGUUCUUAUUAACUUGUUUCUCCCAAAUGCGGUGCAUAUUCGAGGGCGGGGCUUAAUCGGGGACGGCGCUUAUUCGAGUAAAUACCAGUACUAAAAUAGUCUUCACGUAAUGGUUGUGUUUUAUAAUUUUACGUACAGGAUAUGACGUUUGACCAACUUUUACACACCAAAAAAGAGAAGCGAUUUUCCGGCCCUACUUUUGAAAACAUGCUUUUAUUAAAAUACUUCAAAGGAUGCACAUUUUUUUAAAGAUUUAUUAACCUGAGCUAAACUAAAGACAACGAAAAUCUCCCACGAGAAAUCAAGCAGUAAUGCUACCACUUACAAAGAAUAUCCAGUACUGCACAUCACUAUUUUAUUGAUUCUAGCAAAUGACAUUUUUACUGUGUUAUCUUCAAAUUCAAAGUGUAAUAAACAGUCACAUUGUAUAACCCUAGAAGCAUAUAAACAAAAGGGGUAUAUGCUUCUGAUAAGGCUAUGAAAAUAUCUUGGCUAGGAGAAGGUAGGAUAGCUAAACAUUAGAAGAAAAUUCGCAAAAUUUUGUCUCAAGUCAGGUAAAUGAUCUUACUUAUUUAUUUUCUUCAGGUGAUUACGCUAGAAGGAUGGUCGGACAUCAUGUAUUAUGUGCAGGACGCCCAUGGCUUUUGGAACUGGAUCUAUUUUGUCGUUCUUAUUGUGGUACGUACCCUUGUUAGCCAGCCGGGAUAGUAACUUACGAUUGAGCCGUCAUAGCAGAACAGAAGGUUGUGAACCCCAAAAAUGAAUAAGUAAUUAAUGAUAAUGGUAAUAGCCGAACAUAUUGAGAUUGGAAAACCAAACUAAAUAAAUAAAUAAUGGUGAUGAUUACAAUAACGAUAACGAUAAUUUAAGAGUAAUAAUCGUCUUUGCAAAAUAUAUUUCAAAAGUUUUGUAAUUGUUAUUCUAACUCUACAGCCUCAAUUUUAUGUGGGGUUGAACUUAAGGACAAAGGUGAUUCUGGUAGGUCUGGUAUUCGGGGCGUUAGGAUCAGUACCAAUGAAUUUGAAAAACAACUGGAAGGUUAUUUAUUGUGGAAAUGAUACAGAAAUGUGCACAAUUGAGGUCAGCAAGAAUUAUAGGAAAGAUUGACGGAUGUAAUAAAGGACGAAAAGGGUAAAAGGACUAAAUUCCGACUAAAUGUUUGGUAAUCUCUUGCAGAUAGCCUCCUACUUCAUGACAAACCUGUGUUUAGUUGUGAUCACUACUCAGUUUCAAGAAACCAAACAGCGUGAGAGUGAACUGUUGCGACAAAGUCGUCGUCGUGAAGGAACAAGCACAAGUACAAUAGCUAGUAGUAGGUAUGGAAAGGACGGCUGCUGGAUUGAAAUUUUAAGAUACAUUGAACACUUAUUCAGAAGAUGCAAAAGAAGACUUCAAAGAAAAUUUAAUUGCAAAUAUUGCGAUGAUGGGAGUAAGAAAAGAAGAACUUCCAAGCGUAGAAGACGCCGAAGAAGGCAAAAGAAAUUGGUGUAUCAUCAUCACCAUCAUCAUCAUCAUCAUCAUCAUUAUCAUCAUCAUGUACACUGCACAGAUCCCAAGUGUCCAUGCGGUAAUAUUGAACAGCAGUCACCCGCGAAUCAGGGAAAUAUGAACAUGAUCCGAGAUGGAUCUUCGGUUGAUGUUCGGCGUUUACAAUCAAAACAAGACAAACCGAGUGGUAAUACGCUUACUGUGCCGGGACAGGUACCCAGUAAUGGUGAGGGGACAGGAGCAAUACAGACAAUCUCUAUAAUCACUGGUUCUUCCUGUUCAGUGAGAAAAGAUCCUUCCUCCUCAUUGAACGCGGGAGAAAUGAUUACCACAGCAACGGCGGCUGUUGCUAUCAACGGCAAAUCGGCAGUGGCUGAUAUUUCAACUCACUCUUUUUUGUCAGCGGCUUCGCUAACUAGUGUAACCGCAGCAGCUUCUGCCAGUGCUGUCGCUGCCUCUGCUAUACAUAACGUUUGCUCAUGCGCCGUGGAGCACGUUGAGGAAGACAUUAAAGUGGACUAUGAAUCAGAAUUUGUUUACGAGGAAGAGGAUGCGGGCAGCGAUAGUGAUUUUGAUGAUGAUGAAUACGAUGGCGGCACGCAACAAAAUGAAAAGCCAGUCGCACGCUUCCGUCAUGCGUGUCGCCGCAGCGUGGAAAGUAAAUGGUUUAUGUACGUUAUUAUGGGUGCCAUCUUUCUUAACACUCUCAGUAUGGGCGUUGAGUACCACGGACAGGUAAUAAACUGAAUGCUUCAAGAAAAUUGAUAUUUUUUGUUUAUUAGAGAAAAAUCACAUUUUAACAUGACUCCAAGGUCCAGAGACAAACUAAUGAGUCCUCGCCUGAAAUAUUUACGCGCAAUGUUGCAUCGGUAGAAUCUCUUUCUGCAGUCUGCAACAUUGCGCGCAAUGAUACGGUGCAUCUUCCACCAAUCAAAUCGCUGUCUUAAGAAGGAUCUGCAGCUAAGCAUACACUGGGGGCAAUAAUUUUUUUAAGGAAAAUUCUUACCUAUUUUCCACCAUUUUUCACUUUUGCUAUUUGCUAUAUUAAUUGUCCGUUUAUGCCAGAACGUUAAACCUCAUCCAAAAAAAUUACACUAUUCGUCGAGGUGUUCAAAGGGAUCUAAGGGCUGUCUUCUAACAAUACUAGAUGAUGUUCAACCAACUUGUUCGUUCAGUUAAACGCACUGUUAGUAAAACCUCAUUGAAGUUUAAAUUGAUAGUGUUUCUAUAACCUGUGCUGAUGCAAGAUAAUAUCGAACAUUGCUUAGGAGUAUGCAGUACCACACGAUCACUGUACCACACACUACCACGCACUACCACAGUACCACACACUAUUUGGAAAUAUAUAUAGGGGUUUUGUUUUAAAAGAAAAUGUGGUGCUGCUUUGGAGAUGGAGUAACCCUUCUUCAUAGGACUAACACUCGGAACGUAAACAUUUGAAUCUCCUGACAUUGGUAAAUUAACUGUAUCAACUACAUUUAUAAAACUAAAUAUUUGUGAAUAUUUGAAUCAAAGCUUUGCAAUACAGAUGAGACAAUGUUCACACUAUUUAUCCCUCGCUGCGUUUGUCAGACUGAUUAACUAAACUUUAUUUGAUGUUUACUCUUUUUCUUUACAGCCUCAAAUGAUGGAUAAAGUUUUGGAAAUUCUUAAUUAUAUUUUCACGGCCAUAUUUGCCUUAGAGAUGCUACUCAAGCUAGUAGGAAUGGGUCCCUAUGGUUACAUCAAGGAUCCCUUUAAUCUAUUUGACGGGUUUAUUGUUAUUAUGAGGUGAGUUUUAAUGCCGCAGACCCAGCAUAGAGCAGUCAGACUUGAUUUAGACUAACUUGUAUGCAGCUACUCCUGGGGUCUUCACGCGAGACUUAACCGAAACGAUAUCAAGAGAGACAGUGGAGUUUUCACUAGAGAAGCGUAGAUGGCCAUGGCUCAGACAGCGUAGCAGUCGAUUAAUAGCACAGUGGGUGGGAUACACUGAGACUUCUAACAUUACCAAUAGGGUCAAAAGUCCAUGUACCAAUUGUGAGGAUGGGAAUGAUCAAAGAUGACUUGCCUGCAUCAAUUCAGUGGUUCUCGUCACGGUGGCGGGCCUGCUUUUGAAGAUCUAUAUAUUUUAUUUUCGUCCCUUAAUCAACUCUGAUUUUUUUUCCAGUAUUGUUGAAGUGUUCGGUGAUAGUGACAGCGGUAUUUCAGUCCUGCGGUCGUUCCGGUUGCUGCGGAUAUUCAAGUUAGUCCGAUUCCUACCGGCGCUGAGGCGUCAGCUGCUAGUAAUGAUCCACACUAUGGACAACGUCAUGACCUUCCUUGCCCUGUUGGCGCUGUUCAUCUUCACAGCUAGUAUAUUAGGAAUGAACCUGUUUGGUGGUAAAUACGAUUUUCCAAAUGAGAGUGGACAGCCCGAGACAGCACGUGCAAAUUUUGAUGACCUGUUUUGGGCACUGGUGACUGUUUUUCAGGUAAGACUGACCGAUAUCCCAUUGGAAACGUUAUUUAAAAUAUUCCCUUUUAUUGCGUUUAUUUUGGUAAAUAUGGCGUCAGUCAUAGGUUCAGCUCAAUUCGUUACGGAUGUCACUGAACUGAUCUUACGUCCAAGGCAACGUGAGCUGCUUUAAGCUGUAUUUUGUUCAAGGUGUCCAAGGGAAUUAAGGCUGCCAUAGCAAGGAUCUAAUGUAAUGUAUACGUUUUACCCAGGUUCUGACCCAGGAGGACUGGAACACAGUGAUGUACGAUGGGAUGCGAGCUACUUCCAAAUGGGCAGCUUUAUAUUUCAUACUACUCAUGACAAUAGGAAACUAUAUCCUCUUUAAUUUGCUGGUUGCCAUUCUUGUAGAAGGAUUUGCUAAUCAACCGGUAAGCGUCUUUUUUGUCUUUUUUGCUUAAGAAACAAGGCAUUUAACGAUCAACUAGCACCAGAAACUCAUAAGGGAUUGAAAACCCCUUAUGAGUUUCUGCUAUCGCUUAAUGGUCUUCAAUGUCAGUAAUAUUAUAUUUAAAAUUCAUGCUUAGCUUCGAGGCUUGAGGAAAUAAAACAAAAGAAAUGUUUUAUUCACCCUGAGUCUUAAGAUGUUUUUUUGUUCUAAUUCCCCAAAUCCUUGGAGCGAAGUAUAUAUCGAAAUUAGUCUAUUUCUUGUUUUGUUUGAAUGCUUUCUUUAAUUACAAAGAAUAGCUUGCAUGAAUCUGCGCAUCACGAUUUGUUCACUCGCUGUAGGAUUUACGCAGUCUUUUAAUUAAUAACGCAAACUGGAGGGAAUGUAAUCAAUAGCGAGCGAUAUUCUUUAUAGACUUUUUUACUUCCGCUUAAAGUUUCGUUUCAUAUUUCAACUAAUUUUAACUUUAGAAGCAAGAAGGAUUUCUUCGUGAAUCCGUGAAUUAAACAGUUCUUACUUUUUCUCCAUUAUUAGGAAAAGACUGGAAGUACUUGGAGUGUUAAGUCAAAAACAUGUAGACGCGAUAAAGAUGUUGGAAAAAACGGUGAAAACCGCUUGUAUGCCCAGCCAUGCCACCAUUUAGUUACCACGGUAACGCCUCGGGUAUGCGUGAGUCCCACACCAUCAGUAGCCAAUAUGGGGCCUGCUGGUUCCCAUGACGACAUGAGAAGAUAUGAUGAUAGCGACACCGCUGAUCCAGUGCAUCGCUUGCGCUGCUCAUUUCCUUCUCUUUCACCUAAAAGUACAUUAUGUAGAGAUGUGAGUCUAUAGUUGGAAAGAAAUUUGAUUCAGUUGAAUCGCAGCCGGACAUUAUGCUUCCCCUAUUUUAAUGCUACACUGCAAUUAAGGCAAUAGACGAUCUUUGGGCAUGGUUUUUGUAUCAUGAAUGUCAAUUUGUCGUAUAGUUAAAAUUGUGGAAUCUUUCUCAUCCUUGUCUGUUUUUUUUUUUAAUUCUUUAAAACAGGUUAAGACACCUGAGAUUUCCUCAAUUUUAAGCCUGCAAACAAACAUGCGCAAUCGCAUUUGUGAGCCACGGCGCAAAGCCACUUUUUUGUCUUUUUAGGAAGUUUUAAUUCCUAGCAUUCUCUAACAAACUUAAAGUUUAACAAGAGUCUAAACAUAAUCGUGUAUUUUUCUCAGGAAUGCCACGCUUCGGCCCCAGUCUCCCCUGUAAGCACCUCCCCAAAAAUACCACACAAGACUCUUUCAUUUGGAGAUACUACAACAAUGGUUAUAGCUAACCCUGCUCAUGCAGAGCGAUGUAUCACUUCUGAUGAUGAAUAUGAGGUAUGUGUUUCCAGUUGUACAUAUAACUUAGUUGUCUUUUUCGUCAGUCGUCUUGUUUGAUCUUUGUGGGUUUUUUGACCCCUUAAAAUGCAUGGUUUGCAAAGAAGACUAAAUUAAGAGAAAUUGAAAGGAAACAUUUCAAAUCACGCAGUGUUUUUGCCUUCCAGCUUAAAUCAUUGGAACUUGGACGUACGUGUUAUUAAGGAGAGGGGAAGUCUAGAGGACCCAGAGUUCCCUCUCGGAACUGGUAACCUGCAUAAACAUAGCGUCGCCAAAUUGAUAGAAGACAAGAACUCAAAUCACUACGGCAUCCUUCCUUCCAUUGUUCGUUGUAGACGUAUAUUAACCUUGUUACUUUACCAACGUUAAACUACAUCUGCGAUGCAGGCUAAGUUUCACCUUGUUUUUUUUCAAUCGUGCGUCCAUGUUGCAGUGCUUCAAUAUUUUUAGUUAGGAUCUUUUUAAUUUUCUGGCUCAUGGGUUAUUGCGCUGCCAGGGACUAAAAUGGCUGAUCUCACGCAAAUACCAGUAGAGUUAAGAAAAAGCUGGAAGUCUUUCUCUCUUUCUCAGAUGAGCGCAAGAGAAGAGGAUGAGGCACAAGUUUGGGUCCAGGAUGGUGUAACAUGUUGCUACUGUAGACGGGACUGGUCCCUAUACAUCUUUUCACCUUCUAACAAGUAUGCUCGAAAAUAAACCUAAUAUAUUGAAGGACUAUUAAAGUUAAGAAAAAAUCUCUUGAAAAGGUCCGAAAUUAUGCAUGUAAAGUGUUCUUACAUCUCUCUGACCAAAAAACGUAGGAGGAGUUGCCUUCAAGUUAUGUCUUCAAGUAUUUAUUGUUUAAAACUGUUUAUUGUUUAUCACUACGUAGUAAGAUAACAUUUUUAAUAGAGCAGGGGAUUGUUCUUAGCGAAACAGAUUCGUUGCUCAAUCAGUUUUUUCUCGUUUAGUUUAUCCUCGUCUGAGUCUCCACUCAUAGCAUUUCGUGGUGCAAAUUACACCAAGUUUGGUUGUGCGUGGGUAUGCUAAGCCUAACACUUAUGCCCAUCCAGAAUUUUUUAUAAUCCACGGAUGUAUUUCAGGUUUCGCAAAUUGAUGAACACGCUGUACAGAAACAAAUGGUUUGAUCGGGUUGUGCUCGCUUUCAUCCUUUUGAACUGUGUUGUGAUGGCUCUUGAGUCACCAGAUCUUGACGACCAAAGCACGGUAAGUUCCAAUAACAAUCUCCAUUAAGAACAAAUGAAUUAUUUACAUUGUAUUAAUGAUGCCGAUAAUCAAAUAUUUUUGGAUGAGGAAAAUCAGAAACAAAAAAAAUGAAUUGUGUAUGUAUGACAGUGCGGUUCCGGGUUGAACAACAGCUAGAGAUACUGACACAAGAAUCUGAUACCGAGUCCAACGCCUCCAACCCUCUAAUGUUGGUAGAAAGCAAAAAAUCUCACUUAAUAAGUACAGGCCUUUGACUCUCUUUCUAGUGAAAUUUUCAAGUUUCCAAGAUAUGAAGUCACGUUUUCAUUGUAACGCAAAUAAAUUGGUGGAAAUUUUAAUUUCCAAGAAACAUUUUCCAGGUGCCAAUCGUGGGUGUCCGGUUCCUGCAAAGGGUACACUUGUAGAGUUGAAGCUUUAAAAAACCAUGAGAGACGCCUAUCCUUUCUUGUACUUUCUCCACUGUAUUUAUGUUACACUUUCUUUAAUUUUCUCCAUUUUUUGCAGCAAAAGAAAGUUAUCGACAUCUGCAUGUACAUCUUUUUGGCGAUUUUUACCAUAGAAAUGUUCGUGAAGGUAAAUAUAAAACAUAAUAUGUUUCAAAGUCUGUAAUUAGACAGAUCUAGUAGGUCUGAUUAGGAUAAGCCUCCAAUAAGAUUUUUCAGUAGGCCCCAGUAAAGCCAAAUCUGCUUUCCAUCCACUUUGUACCAUACUAAUAUUAUAAGCCGACUCAACGGUCACUUUUUCCAUGCACGCUGCAACUAGCACUCAAAGAAUGAGAGCCUCACAGUUCAAGUCGUACCGUGGAAGUUUGUCUUGCGAUGUUCUUUUCUUCCCUCCUGAGUAAAGUAAAUUUCUCUUGGAUAAAGGUGAAAAAAUGAAAUCGAUAUAUAUGUCUUUUUUGCCCUGCUCUUCCUAGAUCGUCGCUCUUGGCCUUUGGUUUGGGCCUAAUGCAUACCUACGCAGUGCCUGGAAUGUAAUGGAUGGCUUUUUGGUUGUUGUCUCUUGGAUAGACGUCAUUGUUGACCUGACAACAGACUCUGAAAACUCCAUCCUAGGAGUAUUACGGGUGUUUCGAGCCUUACGAACAUUGAGACCAUUGAGGUAGAUUUAUAACAGAAUGAAAUAACUGCUCUUAAUUAAACUUUGAUAAGUUUUAGAGAAUAUCAAACAAUAUCAGGGGCCUGUGCAAGCGAGGAUAAUCACCAUCUUUUGGUUAAACUGUACUCAACUGCAGAAUGAAAGAAAAAAUAAAUUGAUAACGAGAAGAUCAUUGGAGGAAAAACACAGUCAGGGGACACGCACAAACCUCUGAUCCCAGACUAUUGUUAAUCCUCUGCUUAGUAAUAUAAAAAUUUGUUUUGGUCCUAUUUCAGGGUAAUCAGCCGAGCUCCUGGUCUGAAGAUUGUGGUAGAGACUUUAAUAUCGUCACUUAAGCCGAUUGGGAACAUCGUACUCAUCGCUGCGACAUUUUUCAUCAUUUUUGGAAUCCUCGGUGUACAGGUAUAUUAGUCUAAUUCUAAUGUAAACGCUAAUAAGUUGCUGUCAUUUAUUUGCAGCUGAAUUGAUGUUGUAUUUUCAACCUCUCUUUCCAGUUGUUUAAGGGAAAGUUCUAUCAUUGCAAGGACGCUUCCUACCCCGAGGUGGAAACUAGAGCACACUGUCUAGCGAUUAAUAAGACCUGGGAAAACAAGGAAUACAACUUCGAUAACUUGGCGAAGGUGAGCCGGACUUUGUUGGCGUCUCUAAUGGCCGCUCAAAGUAUUUUCUAGACUGGAAGAGCAAAAUAAUUCAGUAAUCCAACCUUAUUACAGCACAUUCUUGUUUUUUGCAUGUGUGGUACCAAGCGCAUGCUUCGCAGGCAAGAAUUGAACUAAAGAAGAAUUCAAGCAACACAAUGACAAAAAAAUAUACACAGAAAAAAUUUAUUAUCUUCAUGAAUGUUGACAGUUAAGUGGAUCUUUGCGCAAAGGUCCUGGAACGAGAUUGAGUAAUGAGGUUUUAGCUAUUCAAAAUCACGUCGUUAUUUAUUCAUUCAUCAACCUCACUGUGUGAUCAUUUAUUCACCCAGGCGCUGUUAACACUGUUCGUCUUCUCUACAAAAGAUGGUUGGGUAACAAUAAUGUAUGAUGGGAUAGAUGCCGUGGACAUUGACAAGCAGGUAUCUUCACAUUUUUGCUUUGCGAAACUAUUGACGACUUAUAUCAUCUACGGUUAUGAAUGGAAUUAAAAAGUAAACUUUCUGUUUAGACUUGUUAGCUACUGUUUAACAAGAGGUGAUUAUGUAAAUAGCUGAACAUACAACUUAGUUAUGUCAGGCGACCUAUUCGUUUGACCUAAUCUAGUACCCAGACCUCUUUUAAACGAAGCCGAAGGCGAGACCAUGUCAACUAAGAAAAUUCAAUGUUUUUGAUUGGCUAGACAGUGAGCGAAUGGCGUAAGUGUUGUCUCCUGUGCGCGCUCUAGUGUGUGCAUUUCAUUCUUUGCCAAGUCUUCAGUUUUGUUCAAAUAAAUAUUUUUGCAGAAGAAGUAGUUAAAACUCUCUCGGUAUCAAAGUUAAGCUUUUUGAAAAGACUAAAAAAUACAUAUAUUUAUUAUAUAAACACCAAUGAAAUACCAGGUGAGCUUUUGCGCGAAAACUUGAUAUCUUCACAUGUGAAAAUAACAUGUUAUCUUCGUUGUUUUGCACUUCUGAAAUUGAGGAUUUAUUCCUAGCAUGCGUUCUUUCGUCGGCUGUCACAUUCCUGACAGGCGAUCACGUGUACAAAACGAAUUUGUCCAGAUCUCGCCUUCGGCCUUGUCAACAAGAGAUCUGGGUAGGAGAUUACGUUUGACCCUUUCGCACGCAUUGAAGCACGAUCAUUUUAACACCGAAAUACAUUAACUUACUUUACUCACUUAAACUUAAUUGGUACUGAAUCAAACGAACAACACGUCAGCCCCUCUUUUUCUAUUUUUCAGCCGAUAAAAAAUCACAACAAAUGGAAUGUUCUGUUCUUUGUGGCGUUUCUUCUUCUGGCUGGGUUUGUGGUGCUGAACAUGUUGGUUGGUGUGGUUGUGGAGAAUUUCCAAAAGUGUCGCGACAUUAUCGAGAAGGAUCGCAUGGCAGAGAAAGAGAAGGAGCGUGAAAAACGCUUCCAGUCAGGUAAGUUAAUAAUACCCUGCAGGCUACUUAUAUCGUACACGACGACUUUCUCUUAACUAGCAACUCCCUCAAAAGAAUCACUUAGAGCUGGUUCUUGCCGUUUUUUCCCGUAUGUGAUACCUUAAAAUGGUCUUAUUUAACAGACCAGCCUUCCUGUGUAGGAAACGCUUUCCAGUCUUCUUAUGAACUAAGAAAGGAAGACAAAACGAUAUGUUCAUCUUUCUUACCACUUCUAUUCUUGCUAUCUGUAGAGUAUGAAGGAGAAGAGGCCGAAGAAUUCCCUCAACCUCGUCGUUUUUUCCACCGAAUCUGUACACAUGGCUACUUUGAUAUUGGAAUAUCUGCUGUUAUUGUCCUUAACGUUAUUUGUAUGGCAAUAGAGCAUUAUGAACAGCCUAAGGUGAGCCACAUUAUCCUACCUACACCACAAGUCUCUCUUUAAGUCUCUCUUUUAGAAUUCCUAGUUACGUCCUAGUUGUAAUAAACUGGAUGUACCGGCCUGGCUCCGGAACCGGAACGCAUUGCUGCUCAGGGGUUGUCUUGGAUUUUGCAAUGAUAGUGCCUUUCCAGCAUGUUCUCAGUCCACUUUUUGUAUAGAUGUAUACUACAAUUACAUCAUGUUAGUGGCAGCAAUUCCGUUAUUCCUUUUAAGCAAAUGGAUGAAAAAUGCUUGUUUUCUUAUACUUUACACAAAAUGCUAGCAUUGUGGUCAGGACCUCUCUGUCUCAAUUGCUCUGCUUCUACUCUGAGUGAAGGUCACGAGGUUGAUAAUCGUUUGGCACUAGCGCACGAUUCAUGCCGAACCGAUUCUUCCUAACUUCCUUUGCCAAGACCCCGGUCACCAGUAGUUCUUUUACUAGACUUCUAAAAACCGUUCUUUCCUUGAUUUGAAGUCUUCCAGCCCAUUUUUACGCCAGCGUUCUAAGCGUUUCCAAUUUUGACUUUCAAUGUAGGAACUGGACGAGUUUCUGAAGUAUGCGAAUUACGUCUUCACGGCUGUCUUCAUAUUGGAAGGAGUUUUGAAAAUUUAUGCACUAGGAUUCAGGAAAUACAUAAAAGAAAGGUACACUGAUGAGGACUAGAAAUAUAGCCUUUUUUGGUAAAAUGGGUAUUAUUCAUAACCCAAAGGCUAAAGAAACCGAGAUAAUGACUGAAACAAAUGCAUCAAACAUGGCAAGAAAAACAUCUCCAACUAGUCGGCUGCAAAACAGUUGGCUAUUUACAAGCGUGUCCGAGGGUUUGAAUUUAUGACUAACGUGACCAAAUCCAGCUAGUGGACAGGAUGGAACUUGAACUCAGAAACUGCAGAUUUUAAACCCAUCGCUCUUACCGCAAGGCCAGUCUGCUGCAUAUAUAAGUUAGAGUUACUGCUUAACUUGCUUGAUGAGCAGUAUUUUUUUAACCGUGCUGUGUUUUUGUUGUUUUUGUUAAUGAGAGCAGUUUCAAAUUGAGGGCUAAAAAAAACGGAAGGAUUGCUGUGGUCAAAUACAACAGAUAAAACACCAGAUGUCAGAAAGUAUGGGUAACAGGUGUCAGUAGUCGGUGAAAGCAAGUAAACUCUUUUUGCUCCAUCACUUCUGAUUGUUCAUAAUGAUUUUAGCCAAUCACGUAUCAAUAGCGUUUUUACUCCUUUAAGAAGUCUCUGUCAGUUUAUUACAACAAACAAAUUUUUCUCCCAUGUUAUUGCCUGGGUUCAACUAAACUGCCUCCGUUUGGUCCCUUUUAGCAUUUCAAAGUGCCCCACGAGACGUCAUGUGUAUAGGCUCUAUGGCAUAGAUAUUGACGAGCCAUUGUAUCAUAUUACUUCCCCGUCUGAAAAUGGGAAAAAUUUUCCAGUAAUCAUCAAUGUUUUUGUUUACAGGUGGAACCAGCUUGACCUGCUGAUUAUCCUGCUUUCAAUUGUCGGGAUCGUCCUGGAAGAAAUGAACUCGGAGCUGCCAAUAAACCCAACCAUCAUCCGAGUAAUGCGAGUGCUUAGAAUAGCUCGAGGUGGGUAGGAAUACUUCACUUUGUACAGACUCCUUUCUAUUAAAAGAUUAAAACAAACCAACCAAACAACAACAAAAACACCGCUGCCUCGUCUCCAGGGCUACCACUAUCAUGAGAAAAUGAAAAUGACGAAAUGCGCGGUACAUCAUGGAAAGGAUCGCCGGUUGGAAUGCAUCCUUUGGCAAAACACCACGCGUAAACCCACGCGCCGUCGAACACAGUUAGAGAAAAGGGAAAAGCCUUGGUUAGAGGCAUACAAUUGAACAACAUAGAAUUUCCGUACAUCCUUGCCUUAAUGUGGGCAAAUUAAAAACUAAAAUAACUCAUUUAGCCAAAAGUUGAGACUAUAUUUCUAUUACAAAAUAAAAGGUCUACGUAGUUAAGAUCCUAUUAUCGGCCGGCACUGCCGCCCGGUUAGCUCUUUUGAAGUGCACCGUUUUACGGAGUAUCGGGCUCGGGUUUAAACUCCUGCGAGCAGGGCCAUCAACCAAACUGAUUAAGAUCAUGUUGGCUGUGUUUAACAGCAUUUCUCCGGACUGAUUAAGGUCACCGAGCGGUGAGGUUAUGUCGUUAACCUUGUCGCUCUCAUCCUUCUUUAUUUGUUAAUUCGAUGGGAAAACAUAAAAGAACCCACAAUACUGUUCAAAAAGGUUUCCGUCCGAGAGUUCUGUUCAUAUAUUGUGUAAAGAGGACAUGUACUGUUGUUCUGCAAUCCGGUUUACAUUUACAAUUAUAUACGUGUGGGAAUUAAACAACCUUCAGAGCUUAAGUGUGAAGCGUACCUAAUCAUUUUUUGGCUACAACCAGUAGGGCGCAGAAUAAAUCCUGGUCUCCAUUCGCGUUGAGGGUGAAUUUGAAAUUUCCCUUUUAUUUGUUCACCUUCUGUGCAGAAUGCUGCUUUUAAUGUCCGCUUCCCUAAAUUUUAAGUUCAACCGGUAUUUUAAAAUCAAGGAGUAAUAAUAAUAAUAAUAAAUGCUUUUCUUAUAGUUUUGAAACUGCUGAAGACUGCAGAAGGUAUCCGGAAGCUGCUUGACACAGUUGCUGAAGCUCUGCCCCAAGUAAGUGAAAACUGCUUUCUCCACCACCACCAUCAUCAUCGUCAUAAUCAUCAUCAUCAUUAUCAUCAUCACCUCCGCCACCACCACCACUAUCAUCAUCAUGACUAACACUAGCAGUACCAUCAUCACAAGUUUCAUCAUCAUCACCAUCACCACCACCAACACCAAUACCAUCCCAUCAUCAUUUUCUUUAAAAGUUUGACCAUUUUUCUAUUUUUUGUCUUCCCUCUGUUCUUCUUGUUUGCCAUAUAGGUUGGAAACUUGGGCCUUCUGUUCCUACUCAUGUUUUUCAUUUUCGCCGCCUUGGGAAUGGAACUGUUUGGUAAAAUAGGUAAGUUAUAAAUCUGAAAAUAAGUGGUGCAUGUCAUCAUAAUCGUCAACAUCGACACCGCUGGCAUUGUAACAAGUGCCCUUUAAUUUAGUGAAACCCUCUCUGAUCUCAUGCGUGCAUUUAGGGGAAUCAAUUCGCAGCCCGGACCACCCCUUGUAAUACAAACUUUCGACUUACAUUUUAAAUACCUCUUAACAUAAAACCUCGCAAUUUCCUUUUUCAUUCAAGAAUGCACGGACAUUGUACCUUGUGAGGGACUGGACACGCACGCCAAUUUCAAGAAUUUUGGAUUCGCCAUGCUGACAUUGUUCCGUGUGUCAACUGGCGAUAACUGGAAUGGGAUUCUCAAGGUACUGCAAUUCUCUGAAUAUUGUUUUACAAAAUAGGCUACUAACAGUAGGUUGAGACUGAAUUAAAACGACCUCAACAGUACAGAUGAAGCAUUACUGUCCUACACAAUAACACAGAUUGGCCAGUACAAAUAUUGUUGUGUUCCGGUGACAAAUGUAAUGACAGUAAUGACGUUCAUUAUUGUAGUUCUUGUUGUUGAAGCUUUUAUAGUAAGCUGUUAAUUUAGGUUUGGUAAAAAUAAUAGUCAUUGAUGACAGAUACAAAACUUCUCUUCAAAGAUCAAAAAAUAAACUCGUCAAGUAAACUAGGAGCAAGGUAGUCUAGAGUAAGAAACUCAUUUCUGAGGAAUGGCUUAACGAUUUUUUCGUUUAUUAUUUCUACAGGAUACCAUUAACGAAAAUAGAUGUGACGAACGUCCAUUCUCAGGCUGCUCUGCCCUUGAGCACAUUGCACCCAUAUACUUUGCAAUCUUCGUUCUUGCAACACAGUUUGUACUCCUUAAUGUCGUGGUAGCUGUUCUUAUGAAGCACUUGGAAGAAGCAAGAGAAGAAAGUUCUAUUAACUCAUCAAGAGAAGGUGAAGACGAUGUUUUGGCAAUGCAGACAGAUCCAGACUCUCCUCAGGAGAACAAUAUUGAUGGAAAUUAUUUUUCAAAACAACAUGAAAGCGUUCCUGACUACAAAUCAAACAAUAACACAAUGAUCAUUCCCGUGGUUGGAUUUGUGAAUCCCAAGAAUAAUGACUCUAAUAGCAGUUUAAGUUCUAUUGAACACACAGAUUAUCCAAUGCGCGCAAGCGCUAACUCACGGCAGCGGCUUUCACCAGUUGACCAUGUGCAUACUGAUCGAAGUCCAAAUCCAAGUCUUGCUUCAAUUCGACUUCCGCCAAUCGCUAGCCAGCCGAGUGAUCUCAACAAGAUCGUUAGAAGCUCGGAGAAAAUCGACAGUUCAUCGCUGUCAAGCCCAGAGAAAGAGAAACCAGAUAUGAGUCGAUAUGAUGGAAAUAUCUCGCCACGGGCACCAAUAUACGUUAUGAGCGAAGAUAGCGACUUGUAUGAGAGCAACAUGGAAGUUGACCGUGAACCAAGUAAAGUUUUCACGCCUGUUGAAGGGCACCCCGAACAGCGUUCAUUCUCGCCACUCUCAAGUAGCGAUGAUGAGGAGGAAAGCAGGAAAUAUUUCUUCAAAAAGCCUCCCCACAAAUCAGAAUCUAAAAGAGCGAAGAGCUCUAAAUCGAAACCAAAGGGAACUGCUAGUGUCUCACCCAAACCGGGUCAAAAACUGGAAAAACAAGCGGCUAACAAACUAGUCAAACCCGGCGAUACUCGGUGGGCGUCUCCAACGUUUAGUGCCGCAAAGAAAGGACACGAAGAAAUCAAACUUCAAGGAACGCCAAAAGAAGACGACAAGAACAGGAACUACCAAAUGCAAAGUUACGUGUGAUAAGCCACGUAAAAACAUGUGUACAUCGCAUUACUACUCAAGGGCGUGGCCGAGUUCAUAUAUUGCAUUUUUCGUCUUGUCGCUAGGCAAGUUGAUUUUAAUAUGGUUUGAAUUUGAAGAAAAUGUGGCCAACGAAAACCUGGAAAGAACUUUCUUUAGAAUGUAGCUCCCAUUUUGCGGAAUACCAGUCCCUUUUUGUAAAAAGAUUGCGUAAGGGUCGUUAGAAUUUUGAAAAACCCUGCCGCCACAUAUUAUUUCUUUACUUGGGCCAUCCCCAGUCUCCGGUUUUUGUGCACCAAGAAAUAAGAGGACUUUCAAGAAAUUAAAAAUAUACAUCAAGCCGUAAAGCUUCAAGAGAAAGUAAAAAUUAAUCAGUGUAAUUUGACG